GAGCGUUGUAUUUCGGGCAAUCGAAGAUGGCGGGCGGUACAGGCUGAGCGGAGCCGGGCGUCGGCUCGGCUUGAAUUUGGAAGCGCCUCAGCUUUCUCUCUCCCCUCCUUGGAAAGUUGUCGAACCAUGGUGCUAUGGAAAGGAAUUUAUUUUGUACUUGCACUAUUUUUGGGAAGUUUUUUUGGAAGCAUCUUCAUGCUUGGUCCCCUACUGCCACUGAUGUCUAUUUCCCCAGCUUGGUAUCGCUGGCUUACUGAUCGUGUUGUGGCCACUUGGUUUACACUUCCAGUGGCCCUGCUGGAGAUAGUGUUUGGGUCAAAAGUAGUCAUAACAGGUGAUGGAUUCAUCCCCGGAGAAAGAAGUGUCAUAAUCAUGAAUCAUCGAACACGAAUGGAUUGGAUGUUUUUAUGGAGUUGUUUGCUGAGAUAUAGCUACCUCCGACUUGAAAAAAUCUGCCUCAAAUCUACUCUCAAAGCCAUUCCGGGAUUUGGUUGGGCCAUGCAGGUUGCUGCCUUCAUUUUCAUUCAGAGGAAAUGGGAAGAAGACAAACUUCAUUUUGGAAAUAUGCUGGAUUAUUUUUGUGAUAUCCAUGAACCACUGCAGCUUCUCAUCUUUCCUGAAGGAACCGAUCUCACAGAUGAAACUAAAGCCCGUAGUGAUACAUUUGCUGAAAAAAAUGGACUUCAGAAGUAUGAAUAUGUCUUGCACCCAAGAACUACAGGCUUCACUUUUAUAGUGGAUCGUUUAAGAGAUGGUAAUAACCUUGAUGCUGUUCAUGACAUAACAGUGGCAUAUCCUCAAAACAUUCCACAAACUGAGAAACAUCUUCUGUGUGGAAAUUUUCCCAAGGAAAUUCACUUUCACGUCUGCAGAUACUCUGUAGAAUCCCUGCCAACCUCUCGGGAAGACUUGCAACUCUGGUGUCAGAAGCGUUGGGAAGAAAAAGAAAAACGGCUGCGCCAGUUCUAUGAAGGCAAAAAAUAUUUUGAUGUGUCAGGGAGAAGCAAAAUCCCACCCUGUAAAUCUGAGCUCAGGGUCUUGGUUGUUAAGUGCAUUUCCCUCUUGUACUGGACAUUUUUCACAUUCUCUGCGAUUGCACUGUUAUACAUGUACAGCUUUGUAAGAUGGUAUUUUGUGAUUGUAGUUGUCAUUUUCACUGUGCAAGAAAGGCUGUUUGGUGGACUUGAAUUGAUAGAACUUGCAUGUCAUCAAUUUUUUAAUAGACGCAGGUUAUCCAACGUAAACAGAUGUUAAAUUUAUCUGGUGUAUGUACUGAUUGGAUGGGUGAUGUUUGUGAGCACUUUUCAGAUGUGCCAUAAACUUUUCAUAGUGGAAGGAGAUUUUUGCAUGGAAAUUAAUAUUUCUUAAUGCUGUUUUGGUUAAUGCACCAUAGUCUUCUUGUAAAGGACAAAAGUUCAUAUUGAAUUUUUAAUUUUUGAAUGUAUCAAUGUUCCUCUUGCAGCUAGCCUCUGCAGCAUCGCUGGAAAAGCAUUUGCUGAUCGAUCAAAGUUUAUAUCCAUUGAAUUGUUUAAAUACAUAGCUCUAAAUUGCUGGGCAAAUUAGGGAACUAAAAGUCAUGGACUGUGAUUCUUACAGUGCCUUGCUAUAAAUAAUGUGUGAGAUUUGAAAGUCCCAGUUUAUUACACGAUUAAUAGUUGACUAACUUCAGUUCUCUACCUUUAUACCUUACACAGAGUUAAAUGACUGAUGCAGUUAUUGUCAUCCAAAUCAACAAGUGUUUUGAUCUACUGAAAGAGAAAACUAAUCCUGGGACUUAAAGUUGGAUGAAUGAAGAUAAGUCUGUUUAAAAAAAACUUGUGCUAUUUUGAAAAGAAAAAUCCAAAAGUCAGUAAGGCUUACCUCUAAGUAAAGGUGCUGUUAAAGGUAACUGAGCUGGACCCCACCAUCCUUUUGCAAGUCCUAAAUCAUCUUCAGGAUUCAAUUCCUGUGAAUUGUUUGUCAUAUGGUGAAAUCAGAGUCCAUCUCCACUUCAGGUUUAAGCUGCCCUCCAAACCUAACCGCUAAAUGCUCAGGCAAAACAAUGUAAAACUGGGCGAGGUAUUUAAAUUAAGUUUCCCAUGAUAUGAAAAUAGAAAUAAUGUUUAAAAUUGCCCCAUUGGAUUAUUACUAUAAGAAACAUUAAGGUUUUUCUAUUAACAUUUGUCUCCUUUCCCAAAAUCUGAAUUAGGAGAAUACUUUAUCAUGGAAACUGAAGAACAUUUGUGAAAUCAGUCCAUGUUUGACGAUAAGCAGCGCCCCUUCCCGCCCCUCCCCAGGCUUCUACUCCAUGUAAUGAAUUAGAUUCCCCCCCCC